AUGGCUGCCAAAAGACUCAAAAUCGCCGUCCUGGACGACUACCAAGGGGUGGCUGAGAAGCACUUUGCGAGAUUCAAGGACGAUCACGAGAUUGUCUACUUCCCAGACACCUUGCCACCAUACAAUGGUCCAGGCACCCCGCAGUUGGUCAAAGAUGUCUUGGUCGAAAGACUUGAGCCCUUCAACGUCAUCAGUACCGUAAGAGAGAGGACGCCAUUCCCUGCAGAACUGGUCAACCGGCUGCCAAACCUGCAGCUUCUCUUGACGCAAGGCCGUCGCAACUUGUCUCUGGACCUUGAUGCGUUCAAAGCACGGGGCAUUCCCGUCGCCACAGCCAUCCACGUCCACCCGGCUGGCGAGAACACCGUGGAGAGCACGGUUGAGCACAUUGUCACCAUGAUCAUGGCUCUCGCGCGAAACAUUGCGGCCGACGACGCAGGCUUGAAAGCAGGCCUCUGGCAACCCUAUCUCUGCACCUCCCUGUCCGGAAAGACGCUGGGCGUCGUCGGACUGGGCCGUCUGGGAGGUGCCGCGGCUCGGAUCCUUCACGUUGCGUUCGGCAUGAAGGUCAUUGCCUGGAGCCAGAACCUGACGCAAGAAUUUGCCGAUGAGCAAGCAGCACACUUUGGCUUACCCGUCAUCAACUCUGCAGGUGAAAGGACAUUCAAGGCCGUUAGCCGAGAGGAGCUGUUCAAGACCGCCGACGUCGUCAGUCUACACGUCGUGCUCUCGGACCGCACCCGGGGGUUCAUCACGAAGCAGGACUUGGACCUAAUGAAGCCGUCAGCCUUCUUCGUCAACACGUCCAGGGGUCCUCUGGUUGUCGAAGAGGACCUGCUCGACACUCUCAACGCGGGCAAGAUUCGGGGCGCCGCGCUGGAUGUCUUCUGGCGGGAGCCGCUCCCUCUUGAUAGCGAAUGGAGGAGCGCCCGCUGGGGUAAGAAUGGCCGCAGCCACCUGUUGGUGACGCCGCACACGGGGUAUGUGGAAGAGGCGGCCAUCAAUGGCUUUUACGAGCAGGCGGCAAAUGAUUUGGAGGCGUGGAUUGCAGGGAAGCCCUUGAAGCUUCGGCUUGCAUGAGAGCGCGUCUCUUGCGAGUGCC